CGCAGAGCCACAGAGAAAGUGAAAGAAAGAGCGCCGCGACUGCACGACUGCCGCGAUUUUCAACGACUGGGCGACGACGGCGACAUGUCGCUGAGGCUCGGCCAGCAGGUUCCAAGGCUCGUCAGGCCUCUGCCAACAUGCACAUGUAGCAGGAGAUCGCUCACAGGCCAAGAUCUGUCGAAACGGCUAGCAGGCCUGGCCAGCGAUGGCAAGACGAUACCCACAGAGAACAAGAUCAAGCCGUACCAGGUCUUUGCGUCCAAAGAUCUGGGGCCCAAGAAAAUGUUCAAGGACAACAAGCCUGUCCGGAGGAAGCGACAUGAGAUGGGUCCCAAGAAGGCAGAUGUCCAUCUGUCCGAUCCCUUCAUGCACCUCGGCAUCAAUCCGCUCAAGGAGCCCACCAAUCCGCUCUUGCAUUCGCACUAUCUGACCCAAGUCGGCAAGAUACAGACACGCGCAGCCACGGGUCUCAGCUGGAAGAGUCAGCGGAGAAUGGGCAAAGCCGUCAGACGCGCUAGGGCGAUGGGACUUAUCAGCCAUUUCGCAGGCUCCAUGAUCAAUCAGUCAGGCUUGUCCAAUGCCUUCUUUGGCCGAACGCGCAACUUUCUGUUGUAGCAUUGCAACAAGUCAUCAUGCAUAUAGACAUACUGGGA